AUGCAGAUGCAACUCCGUCGAACAUUGACGCGGCUGGCAAGGUCAAUCAUCGAUCGCCCACUCGCCGAGUGGACAACAGGCCACAUCACGAGUCGACGAACUUUACUCGAUGGCUACUGGAACGACUUCAUGAACAAUCACGUGCAGCUCGUCGAGAUUCCAGAGAUUCAGCAAGAUGCAUAUUUUCAAGAGGACGUAUAUGCUGAAGUCGAAACAUUAGGAGACUGCAUUCAACUACACGCAUUCGCCGACGCCAGCCGUCGCGCAAUCGCCGCCGUGAUCUACUGCCGAGUUGAGCACGCCGAUUCAACUGGGGCGUCGACGACUUUAAUUUGGGCCAAAACAAAGCUCGCUCCAGCAAGGAGCUUACGACUCUCGGCUAAGCCCCCGACCAGAAUGACUAUACCCAGGCUCGAGCUUCGAGCAGCUUUACUAGCGGCCCGCCUUCUACAGCACGUCGCGAAGGAGAUCGGAGUCCCUCCGGAACGAUGCCACGCUUGGAGCGAUUCCCGCAUCGUUCUGCACUGGCUCAAGUCUCAAGGACCUACAGGAAAUAGUCUCGUGGACGACUACGUCACGCAUAUACAGGAACUCUCGCAGAAAGUCACGUGGCGUCACGUACCAACGGGUGACAAUCCCGCCGACGUGGCCUCUCGCGGCUGCUCUGCUGCGGAUUUGAUCGGCGAUCAAUUGUGGCGCUCGGGACCGAUAUGGCUUCAAAACCACGACACUGAAUGGCCGCAAGCUCAGCGCGGCCCAGGAUCCGACGAGUCACAUGAGCCUCAAGCCGCGACGAUCCACUGCCACGCGACGACGUCCACCAUUUCGGAAGAGCCACUGCUCAUCCGAAGGUUCUCAAGUUUGACCAAACUGCUGCGAAUUUUGACGAGAAUCCGCCGACUACUCAAUCGACGCCGAGAUCCAUCCAUACCGGCACCACUUGCUCCACUCACCGUAGCAGAGUUACAGCGUGAAUUCAUCACAUGCGUGCAAAUGAGUCAGACAGCGCAUUUGAGUCAAGAAAUCGAGCAAAUUCGUCGAGACGGCCACGUACAGCUCAAGAGUAGCCUAUCGUCUUUGAGACCCUUCCUCGGUGACGAUGGAUGUCUACGAGUGGGUGGCCGACUCACCCACUCUUUACUACCGGACGAAGUAAAACACCCAGUCAUCCUGAGUGGGAAAAGUCAUCUCGCCAAAUUGAUAGUCGACUGGGCCCACGUGCGUGGACUUCACGGCGGCUUUCGAGUCACGCUGCAUCAUACCCUUCGUCGAGCAUGGAUCAUUAAUGGUAGAACUCUCGUGCGGCAGCUCGUCCGGCAGUGCGUCACAUGCGCAAAAGCCGAUGCCAGACCAUUACACCAGGAGAUGGCAGCUCUUCCCGCCCCUCGAGUUCAGCACAAUCCGUCAUUCUACGUCACCGGCGUAGAUUAUGCUGGACGUUUCAACGUCCUUCAAGCGAAAGGCAGUGGCGUCCGCACAUUAAAAGGCUAUAUCGCCAUUUUCGUUUGUUUUAGCUCGAAGGCCGUCCAUAUUGAGCUCGUUGGUGAUUGCAGCACAGACAGCUUUCUAGCGGCGCUCACUCGAUUCAUCGGACGCAAAGGCCCACCGGCUCAGAUCUGGAGUGACAACGGUACGAACUUCAAAGGGGCUAAUGCCGAACUCAAGCGACUGCUGCACGCGGCCGAGCUCGACUGGGGUUUGGUGAAAGGUAGCCUGGCAGAAAGAGGGAUUGCCUGGUCGUUUAUUCCUCCAAAGGCCCCGCACUUCGGCGGCCUCUGGGAGACGGCCGUGCGGUCGACCAAAAUACAUCUUCGUCGCGUCGUGGGUCCUCGACACCUGACUUACGAGGAGCUUUCCACUCUUCUCGUCGACAUUGAACGAGUACUCAAUUCCCGACCAUUAACUCCGCCGGUGGGAGAUCUCGAUGACUUGGAGAUGAUAACGCCGGCCCAUCUGUUCCUCGGACGUUCGCUGAAUUCCAUUCCACAGCCCAGCAAAGCGAACCUCGACCUUGAUCCCGCCCGACACUGGGAGUUGGUGAGACGCCUGAGAGAUCACUUCUGGAGCCGAUGGAGCAAAGAAUAUCUACACACACUGCAGCAGCGACCCAAAUGGCAUCGCCCUGGCCCUGAUCUUUCCAUAGGAGACGUCGUCAUCAUCAUCGACCCAGCACUCAUGCGCGACAACGGCAAGUGGCCAGUUGGGAGGGUGGUGAACGUUCAUCCUGGGGCUGAUGGUCGAGUUCGAGUCGCUACUGUACGCACGGCGUACGGCACCUAUACGAGGCCGAUUGUAAAGCUCGCCCAGCUUCCAACUAUGCCGCCACCUUCGCCGGAAGCUCCUGCUCGCUCAUCCUCUCCGCCUCUCGGCCCUGACGGCGGGCGGCCGGGCAACGACGUCCCGUCUGGAAGGAGCUCACCACCGCAGACCAGAAGCCGUACCAAGGCUCAAGAUAAGACCGCUGCUCCCUGUGGAUGA